AUGGGCAGCGGUGCGAGCGCGGAGGACAAGGAGCUGGCCAAGAGGUCCAAGGAGCUGGAGCGGCGGUUGCAGGAGGACGCAGCCCAGGAAGCCAAGACAGUCAAGUUGCUGCUGCUGGGUGCGGGGGAGUCCGGAAAGAGCACAAUCGUCAAACAGAUGAAGAUUAUUCACCAGGAGGGCUACACGCCGGAAGAGUGCCUGGAGUACAAGUCCAUCAUCUAUGGCAACGUGCUGCAGUCCAUCCUGGCUAUCAUCCGGGCCAUGGCCACGCUGGGCAUCGACUAUGCUGACCCGGUUUCUGCCUUUCAGGAUGAUGGGCGGCAGCUCAACAAUCUGGCCGACUCCAUUGAGGAGGGAACCAUGCCCCCUGAGCUGGUGGAGGUCAUCAGAAGGCUCUGGAAGGAUGGUGGGGUGCAGGUCUGCUUUGACAGAGCAGCAGAGUACCAGCUCAAUGAUUCAGCAUCCUACUACCUGAACCAACUAGACCGCAUCACGGCCCCUGACUACCUCCCCAAUGAGCAGGAUGUGCUGCGCUCCAGAGUCAAGACCACGGGCAUCAUCGAGACCAAGUUUUCCGUGAAAGACUUAAACUUCAGGAUGUUUGAUGUGGGAGGACAGCGGUCAGAGCGGAAGAAGUGGAUCCACUGCUUUGAGGGGGUCACCUGCAUCAUCUUCUGUGCAGCCCUCAGUGCCUAUGACAUGGUACUGGUGGAGGAUGAUGAAGUGAAUCGGAUGCAUGAAUCUUUACACCUGUUCAAUAGCAUAUGCAACCACAAGUUCUUUGCGGCGACUUCCAUUGUCCUCUUUCUCAACAAGAAGGACCUCUUUGAGGAGAAGAUCAAGAAAGUUCAUCUCAGCAUUUGUUUUCCUGAGUACGAUGGGAACAACUCUUAUGAAGAUGCGGGGAAUUAUGUCAAGAGUCAGUUCCUUGACCUCAACAUGCGAAAAGAUGUCAAAGAAAUCUACAGUCACAUGACUUGUGCUACAGACACACAGAACGUCAAAUUUGUGUUUGAUGCAGUUACAGAUAUUAUCAUCAAAGAAAACCUCAAGGACUGUGGACUCUUCUAAUUUGCCCCAUUUCUCAGGAAUACGUUCAAUAAGAAGGUUUGAAAUCUGGGUGAUUUCAAGCAGAAAAUUGCAACUGCACUCACUGUAAAGAAUGAAUCCAUUCUCCUUGGGAGCUAAGCAAGCAUGACUGCUGCAGGGCCUCACACAUUCUCAGUGGGUUAGUUUGUGACGCGUUAGGAGUGCAAAGGCUGGGGAUGGAGAAAGUACAAAAGGUCAGGCAAUUGCCUUGCAUGCAGCCAACCUAGGUUUGGUCCCUGAGCAAAAAGUCAAGAGUCCGGAGCACUACCAAGUAUGCCCCCCCAAACCAAAAAAUAAAUCCUCCCCCACAAAAAAGUGCAAAGUCAAGAGUCAGAACACCAAGGUUCCAGAACUACCUCUGCAGCUUACACACAAAAAUGUUUAACACUUGAUUAUUCUGAGCCUCAAUCCUUUAAUCUAUAAAAUAAAAAUAUCUUCAUAGGAUUGUUCUGAUCAUCCCCAAACAUUAACUGAUGGGGAGGUGCAUAAAAGCUGUGUGGUUAAUGAAUGAACAAAAAAAAAGAGUAAAACCAACAUAUAAAAGCUGCCAUUUAUUAAAUUCAUUACCUGAUAUUUAGUGAACUAUUGCAAGCAAAGCAGUAAACUCUACAGUUUGCAAAAAAUAAAAAAAAUUCAAUUACCACAACUCUUUUUAUUAAUCACUGCACUGUAACUGUCACUGUCAUCCCAUUGUUCAUCAAUUUGAGCGGACACCAGUAACGUCUCCAUUCGUCCUAGCCCUGAGAUUUUAGCAGCCUGUCCUUACUCAUUUUUCCUAAUGAUUGGAGGCUCUUUUCAGGGUCACAGGAGACCUGUUAUUGUUACUGUAUUUGGCAUAUCAAACACGCCACGGGGAGCUUUCCAGGCUCUUCCUUGCAGACACGAUACUCUUGGUAGCUUGCUGGGCUCUCUGAGAGGUGUGUGUGUGUGUGUGUGUGUGUGUGUGUGUGUGUGUGUAUACAUAUAUAUAAAAUUCAUUACCUGGUAUUUAGUGAACUAAUGAUUUUAUCAAAAAAUAUAUAUAUAUUUUCCCUUAUGGCGAUUUGUCACAUGGUUGCUCAUGCAUGAGGCUCGGUGUGAGCAUGUGAAGGCAAAAAUUAAAUUCUUCAAAAUUUGAAUCAGUGGUCAAGAAUUGUAUAGUGGGUGCAGGAGAAAGUCUCUUCCUCAGACAUGUUGAGCUAUUCUUCAGGUAUGAUUUUUUGUUAUAGUAAAACGUGACAUUUAGUUUAGAAGUUUACUUUUUACUUAGUGGAGUUAUUUGAUAACUGUAUACAUAUUUCUUGUAACCCCUUCACAAGGACGCCUGCCAGUCACGGAGCAAAAUAGGAACAAUGGCUUGGGGUCCACAAGAGUGAUUUGGUUAAAUGAACAAUGCUUGAUUCCUUUAUGUAAUCACUUUUUCGAUCUCCUGUAUCAAUGUUUGCUUCACUGUCACUGUCAUCCCGUUGCUCAUGGAUUUGUUCGAGCAAGGCACCAGUAACGCCUCUCAUUGUGAGACUUGUUUUUACUGUUUUUGGCAUAUCCAAUACGCCACGGGUAGCUUGCCAGCCUCUGUCGUGAGGGCUCUCUGAGAGGGGCGGAGGAAUCGAACUCUGAGUGAAACUCCGCCUAUUAGGGGUCGGCUGCGUGAAAGGCGAACGCCCUACCGCUGUGCUAUUUAUUGGGUGCCAGGACAUGGGCCCAGUGAGUUAAGCUAAUUUUGUGGGUGUUUGUGAAAAUGACAGGUGUGGCAGGAUGUGUUUUUUUCCUAAUCAAAAUCCCAUGCUUCUGCUGAGGCUGCCGCUCUUGCCUAGGACAGCCUGCCAGCUGGUGUGAAUUCACUCUUGCCAAUUUUAUUUGAUAUCUCCAUGUCUCCUUUGAUCAUGACCCAAAACUUUGAUCAUGGCCACAAAAAUAUAUGGGAUGGUGGACCAUUUUCCUUAACAGACCUGACUUAACUCAAACAUUUGGAUAGCAGGCUGAGAUGUGGGUUUACUGUUUCUAAAGCACACCCAAAUAUAACAAUUUUUAAAAUUCUGAUUUGGGGGCUAUACCUGGCAGUGCUCGGGGAUUACUCCUGGCUCUGUGCUUAAAGAUCACUCCUAGCAGUGCUUGGGGGACCACAUGCGAUGCUGGAGAUCAAACUGGAAUCAGUCAUAUUUUGGAAUGGGGGGGUGGUGUGGGCCACUCUCUGUGGUGCUGAGGGGUGGGAGACUAUAUGCAGUGCCAGGUGUUAAGUCUGGGCCUGGGGAUCACAUCAGGUUUGGCAUGUGCAUGCAAAGCACCUUAUCCACUGUUCUCUGACUCCAAGAUCCAGCCACAUUUAAGGCAAGACUCUUACCUCCCCCCACCCCCCAACAAAUGUCUCCAGCCCUCCACAUUUUACUGAGGAUAUGUGUUUGUGUGUGGUGGUGUGUGUGUGUGUGGGGAUGUUACCCAGUACUGCUCUAAGGCCACUCUCGGGCAACUAAUGUUUAUUAAGAUUACCCCUUUAUACCCCAGUAGCUGUUUCUCAGCAGUAUAAAGUAUUUUCUGAAUAAACUUGGAGGACAUCAACAUACUCACACUUGGAAUAUUCAUUUUAUUGCUGCUAAGUCUCCUGUAGAUUUUAGAACAAGUGGGACAUUCUAACAUUCUCAUUUCCACUGCCAUGGUUCAGAAUAAACAAAAAAAGCAGCAGCUCUUCCCUUAGGCACUGAACAUCUUUGCAGUUGGUUCCAUGUGACACUUGGCUGAAAACAACAUCUCCCUGACGAGGCCCAGCAAAUUAUUCCUUUGAAAAGCCUUUGAGGGGAAAUGAAUGCUUGUGUUUCUCCUGACAGGAGGUGGUGAAGUCAAGUAUAGAUUUAGCAUUUACAACUACCAGUGAGGAAAAGCUCUUGGCACCCAAGAUCUAGUAUAUAAAAGUAAGCAUCAAUUAAGAUGAAAAUCUGCUCCUUGCCAGAAACACACAUUCACACUUAGGCUGCUACUGGCAAUAUUGAUACUAGAGAGCCAUAUGAGCUGGAAAUACAGUGAAGGAGAAUCUGCAGCUGCUAAAAUUGGACUCAUUUAAUAGUUAUUCUGAUUCCCUGAAAAGAAAUCAACUCGGGAAAAUUUCCAGAAAAAUAGGAAACUACUCUUCCUACUGGAGACUUUAAAAAAAAAAAAAGUGAGACUUGCCACACUCAAGAGCUACUGAGGGACUCUCCUCAAUGGCACGUGCUUAAAUCAUCACUAACUGGUUCACUCAAUCCAACCAAUAGGUCCCUCUGGCAGGCAAGUGAAACUCACAGACCUUUUAGCAUAUUCAAAAAUGCUUAAAAUCUAAUUCCAAGAAUGACAAAGGAAAUCUUCACACUGACUGCAGCCUUGGGGGGAGGGGGGGCGGCGUACAUCUGGCAGUACUUAAGGGAUGGCUGAGUAUAUGUAUAAAGUCCUAAUUUAGCUACCUAGUAAAAUUAGCCUAUUUCGAAACCAAAUUCUUGGUUUUUUUUUAAUUGAAUCACUGUGUAUUACAAAGUUAUUCAUGAUUCAGUUUUAAUGUACAAUGUUCCAACACCAAUCCCUUCCCCGCGCCCCUUCUUUUGUUUUUUGGGCAACACUGGGCAAUGCUUAGGGGUUAUUCCUGGUUCUGCACUCAGGAAUCACUACUGGCAGUGCUUGGGGGACCAUCUGGGGUACAGGGGAACAAAUCCAGGUUGGCUGUGUGUGAGGCAUCUUAUUCACAGUACUAUCUCUUUGGCCCCUUCCCUGGUUAUUUUUUAGUUUAUUUCCAAACCAUUUUCAAGUCAUAGAUGCAUAGUAAAGUCAUUUCUAAAUAAAAUACAAAUGUCUCAAGAUGAAUGUGAAACUACCAAAUAUUAAGGAAAAUACUUUCAAUUUGUUAAAAAUAGGAUUCCCUGGAGUUGGGGGAAUAAGCUCAGGGGCCUCUGCAGGGCACUGAGUAAGAGCUCUGGCACCGCAUGGCCCUCCAAGACUCUAGGGUGGAGCCUACAAGGGCCCCAAGCACCAUUGGGUGUGGCUCGAGACCCCUAACACAGAAUUGCAUCUCAGAACUCCAAUAGUGAAGUAUCGGGUCCGCGCAAAAAAUAAUGAUCUGAUUUCCCAUGGUUUCUUGAGCAUUGCUUGGGAGGUCUCCUCUCCACUCUCCAAUAAUUUCCUGUUUAUAUCCUUAGAGGCCAAACAUCAUUAAGUAUUUCCUGUGUAUUGUGUAAUGCAUUGGCGACAAUACACAGAAUGUAAACUAGGUUCUACUUCAUAAAAAUCUGGUGACUUUAAAAAAUAAAUAAAAGUGCGUAAUGUACAAAGGACAGUCACGUUAUUUCACUUGCAUGAGGUAUCUAAAGUGGUCAAAUUUGGUGGCCAGAGCGAUAACAUACCAGGUAGGGCAUUUACCUUGCAUGCAGCUGACGCCAGUUCAAUCCCCCCACACCCUAUAUGGUCCUCCAAGGACACCAGUGAGUUGAAUAAGCAUGAAUAAGCCCUGAGGACCAUUAGGUGUAGCCCAAACCCUACUCCCAAAAUAAAGUGGUCAAUUUUAUAUACAGAAAAUGAAUGAUGGUUACCAGAGGGAAAAAAAAGAGGGAAAGGAGGUUACUGCUUAAUGGGGUUUUAGUUUGGAAAGAUUAGAGUUCUAGAGAUGGUGGUUUGGGCUGUGCAACUUUGUGAAUUAUACUUUAUACCACUAUGUUCUGAAAAAUUAAAAUGGCAAAUCUUUAUGUCUGUUGCAAUGAAAAAACAAAGGAACCAUGCUAUUGUUUUGGGAGUGUAAUAAGGGUGUUAGCAGUACAAAAUGAGUUUAAUCCCCAGCAUAAUAAAAAUUUAUAGAAAGCAUCACAAAAAUGCAGUCUUUAAACAACAUAGACAUUCAGGAGUUCAUACUCUCAACUUCUAAAAAAUCCAUGCAAAAGUGGAAAUCGUACAAUUUGUUGCAACAUAGAUGGACCUGAAGUAUCAUGCUGAGUCAGGUAAGUACAGGGACAGAUGCAGAAUGAUCUUCCUCCUAUGUGUGAUAUAAAGAAACACAGUAAGGAAACUGCCCCAAGGCAACAGAAACCAAGAACUGGUCUUUGGUAGGAAGCAGAUCACUGUUAGGGAUAUGUGAGGCAGACAGGACAGCACUGGGGUGGGAGGAUAGAAGACACUGGGACAAUGGUGGAGGGAAGCUGAUACUUUGAAAAAUGAAUGAAUGAAUGAAUAAAUAAAUAAAUCACAGGAGAAUCUGCACUCGGGGAUAACUCCUGGAAGGACCAUAGGGGGUGCCAAGAAUCAAACCCGGGUCAGCUGCAUACAAGGCAAGCACCUUAUCCACUGUACUAUUGCUCUAGCCACUGCUUGAAAUAAUUUUCUUUUAAAGAAAAUCCAGUUACACGUAACUCACAUGAUCCAAACCAGAAUAGUCCCAUCUCCUGGGUGGAAAUCCCCAGUCCUGGGGCAUGAGCCUUAAAACAAGUCCACAGGGCGCAGGCAGUGGGCACACUCCUCUACCCACACAGCCCCUGUCAGCUGCCUGCAGAGUUCAGUGUGGGCUGGACCACAAGUGUGCCAAAGCCUCUGGUGGUCCUGCUGGGCAUAAAUGUGAUAACAUUUCCUGAGACAUGCUGCAGAUCACAUAAGAGGGUAUUUUUGACUGUGGGCCAAGAAAAAGUACACACUGGCACAAGCAUAAACUGAAAGGCAAAAUAGACCUUGUCAGUCACCUUCAUCAAUUUCAGAGCAAUUUAUAGUAGGAGUAGUUUCAGGCCUUCAAAACAGUCAGGGAUGGGCUGGAGCGAUAGCACAGCAGGUAGGGCAUUUGCCUUGCAUGGGGCCAACCCGGGUUUGAUUCCCAGCAUCCCAAGCACCACCAGGAGUAAUUCCUGAGUCCAGAGCCAGGAGUAACCCUUGUGCAUCACUGGUUUGACCCAAAACCAAACAAACAAAAAAAACGAGUCAUGGGCAAGUGAUGUUGAGAAACACCAGCUAUGGUCAACAUGAGUGUGCAUUAGAAGAGUUCUCUUUCAUAAUGCUGCAUAAUCUAGCAUCAGAAAAAAAAAAUUCAGGGUUGAAAAGAGAGCUCAAUGGUCAUUGAGAGGAGGGCAUGAGUGCAUGAGUCAAUUCUCAGCACGUCCCUCAAGCCCCGCACAUCUGGGCACAGUCAAAGUGGCCAUCGAGUUCCACUGGAGUGGCCCCAAAACAAAACCAAAAGAAUGCUUUGCAAAGCAUUUCCAAAUAACCCAGCCCCCAACCAGAUUAAGGGCAGAACCUACAAGAGCUGGGAAUGGCUAGAGCAGGUAAUUUCUAGCAUUGUUAGGCCUAUUAGCACUUUCCUACAAAUGUUUUCCUUAACAAAAAUCCCAAUGGGACAUGUGAAGUGCUGGGCCAUUGGAUAAGAGCACUGUGGACAGAUUAGCCAGGUUGUUCAAAAUUUAAUAUUCCUGCUGUCAAAAGAUCUACAACUUAGAAGCUGCAAAUACACUGAGAUGGCUGCACCUCCAAUAGCAUAUCUGCUAAUAUUUUAAAGAAAAAACAUCAGCACUGGGCCUGUAACUCAGUAUUUGCUUACUUCCCUCAAUCUUUUUCCUGAUGAGCCGGAACUCCUAGUAUAGAACCAGCCAACUCUAAGUGAAUUUUGUACUAUUUAUUAACCAACUCUAAAUGAAUGAAUACUCAUUAUCACAUAUACAGAAUAGAAUGUCAGAGUUUUUCUUAUAUUUGCCUGUCUAAAAGCACCAAAAUGCUUGGAAACUCCAAGUUUCUUGUUCUGUCUGAAUUUUUUAUUCUGUUUGGUUUUGGUUCUUUGGCCACAUCUGGCUCUGCACUCAAGGGUCACUAAUGGCAGGGAUUGGGAAACCAUAUGGAGUGCUGUGGAUUGAACCCGAUCAGAAAGCACCUUACCUGCUGUGCUAUCGUUCUAGCCUCAUCUUAAUCUUGCUUAAUACUAAAAUGAUGGUGUGGAGAGAGAGCUCUAUAGACUGAGCACACACUCUGCAUAUGGAAGGCCUCCCUGACAUCAAUCACAUAGUUCCCAGGGUAUCACGAUCACUGAUAGGUUUUUGGAAACAGCAAUUCAAAUGAUGUACAAAAAAACGGAUUCUCAAAAAAGUCAACCUUUUUUCAACAUCAGCUAGAAUACUUUUCACUGACAUUUGGUAUGUGUAUAAAGUUCUUUAGGUAUAAAAGAUGCUUCUCCUAAGCAAGUAAUAUGUAAUUCAGUCAUUCAUUAGUGAUUUUUGAGGUUUGUGUUCAUCUUUGUCUCUAAAUGUUGGCUCCAAAAGCACCAGAACCUUAUGAAGUAUUUUUUUACUUCUGUCUCAAGUUAGCCAGGGAAUCUGAAUGUUCAUUUUGCACUCCAGAUAUAUCUAAAGCGCUAUGACAUUUCCUGAUACUUAUCAUGCCUGAGAGUAUGUUAAGCCUGGUCUACACCUGGAAUGUCAACGGAAGAAUAUUGAAGUAUCCUGCCCCAGCUUGUUCUGAAAUAUGCUAUUUCAGAACAGAGGCAGCUCAUGAAAGGUUACAAGAAAAUGGAGGGGUAGGGGCUUAAACAAAGACCUGGUUUGUGUAUCAUUUACCUCUUUUACCUCCAGAGGUUAAUAACAAGAUCGACUAGACUGCUAAAACAGCCCUGUUUUCUCUUGUGCUUUGUUGAAAGUUGUGUCUGGUCUAAGUCAAAUCUCUGAUAUAUACUGUGAAGCCUAAAGGAGAACACAAAAAUCAUCUAACAGCACUGGAAAACUGAGAUUACUUUGUUCUUAAAGUACACAUUACGAAAAAAAGAUUUUGGAAAUAACUGUGUAUGGAGGGCUGGAAAGAUAGCUCAAUAGGUUGACUGCACGCUUUGUACAAGGUCCCAGAGAAUCCACAGGAAUGACCUCUAAGCAGAGUCAGGAAUAGCUCCAAAGUAUUGCUGGAUUGGCCCCCAAACCAAUCAAAGCCAAAUUUUUGAGUGAAAUUAAUUUCACUCUCUAGGUAACUACCAAUAUAGUGAGAGUUCUACCAGCAGGAAACAUAUACUAAGCAAAUGGAUCACUGUAUCACUAUCAUCCCAUUGUUCAUCGAUUUACUCAAGCAGGCGCAAAUAAUGUCUCCAUUCGAAUAAUGUCUCCAUUCGUCCCAGCCCUGAGAUUUUAGCAGCCUCUCCUUACUCGUUUUUCCCAACAAUUGGAGGCUUUUUUCAGGAUCAGGGGGGAAUGAGACCUGUUAUUGUUACUAUAUUUGGCAAAUCAAAUAGGCCACAGGGAGCUUGCCAGGCUCUUCUGUGCAAGAAAAUGGGUAGAGAUGAAAUAUUAGUCGAGGCAGGCAAGCGCUGUCCAAAGAAAGUCACAGCUACAAAUUAGAUGACAGAAACCUGGACGUAGAAAGUAAAGUGGGCAAAUUAGAAGAACAAUCAGUUAUUUUUAAAUAUUCCAAAAUGUGCACAUACCUGACAUUUAAAAGAAUAAAAACACAAACUAGGCAAGAAAAUCGUAAUUUUUUUUAGUGUUGGGGCUAAAACACAAGGCAGGUAACCCAGUUAUUUACAUCCUGACCCAAGCAAACAAUUUACUUAUUUGUUGAUUUUUUUUGAGCCAUACCUGCUGGUGGUGCUCAGGGGACAAUGUGGUGCUGGCACUUGAGUAAGAAUUUGCUACAUGCAAGGUGAGCCCUUCAACCCUCAUACAAUCUUCCUACCCCCACAAGUAAACAAUUAAAAUUGUUUUUAUUUGGUUAAUCUCUUCUUAGAUUAUAGCACCCAUGAAAAACAACAAUCCAGUUUAAAUUACAAUAAAGCAAUAACACUCAAUUAAAGAUUUAGAACUUUAACUAUCCAAAAUGAAAAUGUAAUCUCAAAGUCUACUUAUUAAGUUCUUGGAAUUGUGGGUGCUGGAGAGAUAAGACAGUGAAUAAGCAGUCAACCAGACUCAAUUCCCAGCAUCCUCUGGGUAUGAGGACACCACCAGGAUUAAGUCCUGAGCAUCACUGGGUGUGGUCCAAAACCCAAAAAACAUGGUGGUGGUGGGGAACAUUCCUGGAAUUUUAAGUCAGGCAAUGGUCCAAGUCCAAUUUUAUAAAGGAGAAAAAGGCCACUAAGAAGCAGAUAACUUCCUCCUUUCAAACGGCCUAAUGGCAGGCAAUUUGUAUAGCCCUAGAUUUUAAUGAAGUAGGAAAAGUCAACAAAAUUAAGCUCCUGUUGUAGUCUUUCCUGCUAGUGUCUAUUUCCUGUUCCUCAUCCUCACUCAUUAACCUUUCCUUUUCUUAGAUGUGAUUUCUUAGAAAGCCUGGCCAUCUGAAUUCUGAAACAUGACACAUUACAUAUCUCCAGAAUUCUCCAAAGGACAGAAGGUGACUGUUAGUUUCUUCAACAACAAAUAACAAUUUUCUCAAGGCUAGUACGUAUUGUGUUACCCUCCCACAUUCUAGUUUGACUACAGGAAAAGUAGUCAAAAAUUGGUUUUUGAUUACUUUAUUUCUAAAUUCAAAUUAGUGAUUUUACAAGGCUGGUGAUCAGAAUCACCAUUUAAAGAUUCUCAAUAGCUAGUCGACCUGGGAGGUGUCAAUCUGAAACUGAUCUCAAAGCACAUUGAUUGGCAAACCACUGAGUACUCAAGAAACGAAUAAAAUGAAUACACAUGUUGAUAAGUACAUGGAUGAUGAGGUAAUGGCAAUGAUAUUCAUGUAAAUAUCGAACAAAUAUAAAGUGUAGAGGUAGGAAAAUGGAGACUUUUCCCAGAGGGCUUAAAAAAAUUGACAAAGGACUUAAAAAAAAUUUCAAAUAUAUAGGCAUAUUAUUUAAAAAUACAAAAUGCAUUUCAAAAUAAAAUGAAUUUUUCUAGAUUAUGUUACUUUAGUUAUCAACAAUACCAUCCCAUUAGCCCAAGUUAUGGGAAGAAUACAAUUAAAGAAUCAUGUCUCCAGUUUCCAUUUCCAGAUGAUCCUAUAUUACAGAAGAAUACAAGGAGAUAUUAAAAAUAAACAAGAAUUACCAACCCUAUUUACAUUGUGUGCAUAAGUCAAUCACCAAUGGAAGAUAGUACUUUUAGAUCAAGUUUCCCCAAACCCAAAAAAAAUGGUGCUAAUAUCUGCAUCAUUUCCAAACAGAAUAAAUUAAAAUAAAAACACCAAUAAAGGCA